AUGUAUCCUCGUUUCAUCAAAUUACUUUUAGUAGCUUCGGUUUGGAUACCCUAUGCAGUUUCUUACUAUGAAUGUAACCAUCGAUUGGUUCCAUGUGGUUGUGGCUUAAAAAAAGUUGAGAUGAAUACGCAUAUUGUUAACGGUGAGGAAGCAGUUCCAUAUAGUUGGCCAAUGAUUAUCUCACUUAGAUAUGAUUGUCUUGGUAAUGGAAACAUUUCAACUCAUUGUUGUAGUGGUACUAUUCUAAGUGAAUCUUAUAUACUUACGGCUGCUCAUUGUGUUGAAAGAGUAAAUGUAUCCAAUCUCAUAGCGGGCAAUGUUACUAUUACUGCUAGUACUUAUCGUCGAUCCCAACAAGAUAAAACAAUUAAAAAGAUUGAUAAAAUUUUUAUUCAUCCUAAUUGGACAAGACUCGUAAAUGCAUUCAAAAAUGAUAUUGCUAUACUUCACUUAGCUGAACCAAUUGAUUUUACCACUAAUUUAUUAAUUGGUCGAACAUGUUUGCCACUACCACAAUUGAAAUCCACAAAUGAUAUGACGAAAUAUCCACCAUCGAAUAUAUCUCUAGUUUUGGUAGGAUGGGGCUUUCACGGAGAGUCGAAUUAUACAGCACGUGAUGUAAUACAGCAGGCGACUCUUUUAUCAAUUCAUCAUAAUCAUUCAACAUGUGCUACAUCACUCAAUCAUAUUGAAACACAGUUUUGCGCAGAAGUCUACGAAGGUUGCAAAGAUGCAUGCGUCGGUGAUUCUGGUGGACCAAUUUUUCGUUGGAUUGGUGAUCGUUGGGAACAAGUUGGCAUUGUUUCCUACAGAAUGAAUAGUUGUACAUUAGUCAAUUGUCAAAUUGUUUUUACAAGAAUUGUUGCUUUCUACAAAUGGAUUGAAAGAGUCGUAGGUCGAAUGAAUAAUAAAAUUUCAGCAACACCUUCCACAAGAACAGCAACAGCAACCGUCAGUCGUCCAACAAAUGUUUACAUAUGUAAUAAAAAUAAUAUGUCAUGUGGAUGUGGUCUUACGAAUGUUGCAUUGACACCUUCGAGAAUUGUCGGUGGCGAAGAAGCAAUUCCGUACAGUUGGUCAAUGGUUGUAUCACUGCGAUAUGAUUGUCUUAAUAAUGGUAAUUUGACAACUCAUUGUUGUGGAGGAACUAUUCUAAACGAGUAUUAUAUUCUUACGGCUGCUCAUUGUGUUGACAAAAUAAAUCAAUCGUCAAUAUUAACACAAAAUAUAACUAUUGCUGCUGGAAUUCAUAAUCUAACAGAAGACAAUCAAACGAUUCGACGUGUCGAUCGAAUUUUUAUUCAUUCUGGUUAUACAGGACCAGCACAUUGGUUUAAAAAUGAUAUUGCUAUACUUCACUUAACCGAACCUCUCGAUCUUGAUACAAAUCCACGUAUUACUCGAACUUGUCGUCCACCUCGAAUGAAUACUCAACAAGAUGCUAAAGAAUAUCCUUCAAACGGAUCCAUGUUGGCUGUCAUCGGCUGGGGACUUCUGAAUAGACCAUUCAAUUUGAAACCUCAAGUCUUACAGCAAUUACAUAUUUAUGCAAUUCAUCACAUACAUCCUACAUGUGCACAAUAUAUAAGUGAUAUUGACGUGCAAUUUUGUGCCGGAGUAUAUGAAGGCAGUAGAGGUCCAUGCAAUGGUGACUCAGGCGGACCUGUCUUGCAAUGGCUAGGUGAUCGUUGGGAGCAAGUUGGAAUAGCCUCCUAUGUAGUGAGGGGUUGUGCAGCAGUUGGUCAUCCAAGUGUUUAUACCAGACUUACUGCUUUUCACGAUUGGAUCGAAUGGAUCAUAAAUCCAAGCAAUUAUACAACAACUACAACAACAGUCGCCUAUCGUCCACCAACCAUCUACAACUGUAAUAGGAAUGCAUCAUGUGGAUGUGGUCUGAUAGAUGUUGAAUUGACAUCUUCGAGAAUUAUCGGUGGUGACGAAGCUAUUCCAUAUAGUUGGUCAAUGAUAGUAUCGAUUCGAUAUAAUUGUUAUCAUGAUGGAAAUAUCAAUGCUCAUUGCUGUGGUGGUACUAUUCUAAAUGAAUAUUAUAUUCUUACAGCUGCUCAUUGUGUUGAUCAAUUCAAUCAAUCGUCAAUUUUAUCACACAAUAUUACUGUUGUUACAGGAAUUCAUAAUCUAACUGAAAGCGCGCUAACAAUUCGACGUGUCGAUCAAAUUUCCAUUCAUCCUGAAUAUGCAGGACAAUCACAUUUGUAUAAAAAUGAUAUUGCUAUUCUUCAUUUAGAUGAACCACUUGAUUUUUAUACAGAUCCAUUUAUUACAAGGACUUGUCGUCCACCUCGAAUCAAUUCAUCCGAGGAUAUAAUGAAAUAUCCGUCAAAUGGAUCUAUGUUAGUUACAAUCGGAUGGGGUGCUGCAAAUAAGCCUGCUAACAUAAGACCUCAGUUGUUACAACAAUUGAGUAUCUAUGCAAUUCAUCACAAUGAUUCAACAUGUGCAAGAUCUAUCGGACAUGUUAAUGUGCAAUUUUGUGGAGGAUUGUAUGAAGGUGGUAAAGGAAUAUGUUAUGGUGAUUCAGGUGGUCCAGUUUUCCAGUGGUUAGAUGAUCGUUGGGAACAAGUAGGCAUUUCCUCAUAUGUGAUGAAUGGAUGUGCAUCCAUAGGCUAUCAAAGUGUUUUCACAAGACUUACUGCUUUUUAUGAUUGGAUCGAAGAAAUUGUAAAUCGAAGAAACAUUACAACAUCAACUUCAACUGAAACCCCUAAUACUCUCACUACCAGCCGGACUACUAAAUCUCCAGUUUUGUUUGCGUGUAAUAGAUCUGCCACUUGUGGUUGUGGAUAUAAUGAUGUGUUUUUAACUCCUUCACGUAUUGUUGGUGGAGAAAAUGCUGCCGAUCAUAGUUGGUCCAUGGUAAUAUCACUUCGUUAUGGCAUAUUUAGACAACAUCGAUGUGGUGGAACCAUUCUUUCACCUUCGUAUAUUCUUACAGCAGCUCAUUGCGUAUGGGGAUUUUCGCAAAGUACUUUGACUGUAGCAGCAGGCAUAACAAAUCAAUCGGAUUCAACUGCUCAGGUACGGAAUGUCUCUAGUAUAUAUAUACAUCCAAAUUAUACCAAAUCAAAUCAAAAUUUUCGUAAUGACAUUGCUUUGUUACAUGUUGACCAUCCGUUUAUAUUUCACAACAAUCCAAAAUUAGCUAAAACGUGUGUGAAAAGCGUCUAUCCACCAGUUUCUAUUAAUCAAUAUCCAAAGAAUGGUACACAUCUUGCUGUUAUUGGAUGGGGUAUAACGAAACAAGGAAGUUCACAGCUACCAGACUAUCUUCAACAAACUCAAGUUUAUGUAAUAGACAAUCAUCAUCCAACAUGUAACGAUUCAAUCAAUGAUAUUAAUAUGCAAUUCUGUGCCGGAUUGUAUGAAGGAGGAAAAGGUCAGUGA